CUCGCCCGCAGCGGCGCCGCGCUUUGUCCGGGCGGAGCGGAGCGGGCGCGCCCGGCCCCGGUGGCGCGCGGCCCGGCCCGGCCCGGCUCAGCGACCGGCGGCUCUCGGGGCGUCGCCUGGCUCCGGCGGCCUGGGCACGGCGGGGAGCGUGAAUGAGAGUUUGCUCCGAUUUCCGAGCAGGAGACUCCAACCGUCAUGUUAAGGUAAAGCAGAAAAGUGCAGUGCUGAACAUGCUAAAGAAGUUGGACAAAAUAAGGUUCAGAGGUCACAAGAGAGAUGAGUUACUUGAUUUAGCAGAGUCUCCAAAUGCUUCAGACACUGAAUGUGGAGAUGAAAUUCCGGUGAAAAUACCUCGAACGUCAGCUCGAGACAAUGAAGAGCUGAGAGACCCUGCUGGUCCAGGGACCAUCAUCAUGGCUUCAGGAGUCCCGGAUUUUAACAGAACAGAGUCUGACAGACUGAGUGAGAUCAAAGGUCACCUGGAAAUAGCCUUACUGGAAAAACACUUUUUACAGGAGGAGCUCAGGAAGCUGAGAGAAGAAACAAGCGCUGAAACAUUAAGGCAGGAACUAGAAAAGGAACGGCAGAGGAGAAUAGAACUAGAACAAAAAAUCAAUGAAGCACCUAAAGUAAGGACGGAAGAGGUGCCUGCAGCUCAGCAACCUGCAAAGCCACCAGUGCAAACCAAUGGAACAGAUAAGCAAAGUAACACGGUCUCUUCAAGACUCCAGAAGUGGCUCUGUGACAAAUUUGGGGAGUAUGUUGAGGACUUCAGAUUUCAGCCAGAAGAGAGUACAGUGGAGACAGAAGAGCCACUCAGUGCUAGAAGGUUGACUGAAAAUUUGAGAAGAUUAAAGAGAGGUGCCAAACCUGUUACUAAUUUUGUGAAGAAUCUUUCUGCCUUAUCAGACUGGUAUUCUAUCUACACUUCUGCUAUUGCCUUUAUUAUUUACAUGAAUGCUGUAUGGCAUGGCUGGGCCAUUCCUAUGUUCUUAUUUUUAGCGAUUUUGAGGUUAUCCCUAAAUUACCUCAUAGCCAGGGGUUGGAGAAUACAGUGGAGCAUUGUGCCUGAAGUUUCUGAACCCAUGGAACAUGCAAAAGAGGACCUGACUGUGUCUGAAAAGUUUCAGCUUGUUCUAGACGUGGCUCAGAAGGCGCAGAACCUUUUUGGCAAGAUGGCAGACAUACUGGAAAAAUUUAAAAACUUGUUUAUGUGGGUCCAGCCAGAAAUAACACAGAAGCUCUAUGUUGCUCUGUGGGCAGCUUUUAUUGCAUCCUGCUUUUUGCCGUACAGGAUUCUUGGCCUUGGACUGGGACUCUAUGUUGGAACAAAGUUUUUCCUUGUUGAUUUUAUCUUCAAACGAUGCCCCAGACUAAGAGCUAAGUAUGAUACUCCGUAUAUCAUCUGGAUAAGUCUCCUGACAGAUCCUCAGCUCAAAGAAAGAUCUAAUGCUACAGUGUCGAGACGGCUGUCAGGGCAUGAAAAGAUUCAAACAACAGGAUCCAGAAUCUACGUGGGCUCAAGCGCCCCAACCGGAAUAAGCAAAGAUGAAGACACAAGUCGUUUGCAUACCACCAAGAAGGGGAAUUUCCAUGAAGUUUUUAACCUGUCAGAGAAUGAACGUCCUUUGACAGCGUCUGAAAAUGGCUGGCGCUGUUGCUUGAUUAACAGAGAUAAGAAGAUGCCUACAGACUACAUCAGACAUGGAAUUCUUUAUGUCACAGAAAAUUACUUGUGUUUUGAAAGCUCAAAAUCUGGCUCAUCUAAAAAAAAUAAGGUUAUAAAGCUAACGGAUAUAACAGAUAUCCAGAAGUAUAAAGUGCUCUCUGUUCUCCCAGGAUCAGGGAUGGGUAUUGCUGUAUCAACACCAUCUACACAAAAACCUUUGAUUUUUGGUGCCAUGGUACACAGAGAUGAAGCUUUUGAGACAAUUCUCAGCCAAUAUGUGAAAAUAACAUCUGCAACAUCCAGCAAUGAGAGCUAGUAUCUUAUCUUAGAAGAACUAAAGGAAACUUUCCUAUUUUACAACUUGGUAGUGGAAAAAAAUGAACAUCCUCAUCUAUUUUGCAAUAAUUUUUCUUGUCUGGUGGUUUAUAUUCUGUCUGUUACAUAAAUCAAGUGUAUUUUAUAUAUGCCUUCAUGUUUGUUUUUAAGGUUUUUGUAAAAAAAAAAAAAACCAAAAUGAAACAAAACAGUGAAAGUGCUAUCAUCACUAUUAGCCUUGCACAUUAAGCACUUUUAAUGUUUAUUUACUGACAUUAAAAGCUGGGAAGAUACUUGGAGAUCUGACUACAUAACGAAGUGAAACAGAAUGAUCCCUUUAACUCCACUGAUAUCACUAGUUUGUCCCUUUAUCUUAGUUGUUUUUCCCUGUGAUGUGAGAAUAAUGGAUGCAGCAGCCUGAAGUCUCUCUUCAGCUCAGUUUUGAAUUGGGUUCUUUAUUAAAACUGAUAGCAACACCAAGGAAGUAUUGGCAUUUCAGUAUUUUCAUAUUUACAACUGCACUUAAAAUAACUCCUCCUUGCUAAUUUUUGUGUCACAGAAGGAUAUUUUACUGGUUUGGUUAGGUUCAAUUUUUCCUGCAUACAGGUGUUUCAAUUACUUGUACAGUGAAUUGGAGUAGAAAGUUUGUAACUACAUCUUCCUUUCCUAAUAAACUAAAGUAAGAGGAAGGAAGGCAGGCAGAUACUUUUUAUAAAAGAGGGCACGAAAAUGUUGUUCCUAAAAUGUUAGGCAUCAUAUAUUUGUAUUUCUGUAGAUACUUGUCAUAGAAGGGCUCAGCUGUUGUACAUGUUGUAUGUACAAGGCAUUUGUACGUUAAUGCAUUAAAGACUUGCAGGCUUUUUGCAUUGGGGGAGGUGGGAAUAAUUAAACUAAACUGAGACAUGACUUUUUUAAAUUUGGCUUUUCUCUUGGGUUACCUUGUAAUGAGAAAAACCACUAUAAUAUAGCAACUGAAAGCACUAGUUCCUCUCAAAGCAUAAUUUGAGGAGCAUUGAUAUGCUGCUGUCUUCCCCCUUGCAGAAUUAAAUUUUAGUAACAAUUAAACCCAACUGCCAGGUAAAACAGGAAGGCUGUGCUCCUCUGAACUCUCUCAGGCCUAUCUAGCAGCAAAGCACAUAUUGACCUUUGUCUUUAAUAUUAAAAAGCUUUUAUACUCUAUAUAAUGGCACCCAUCUGAGAGGUUUAGAAUUUUAUUUGCAUUUUCAUGAAAGCACAGUAGGAGUUAUGCCAGGCCUUCCAGUGUGUCUUUUCCUUUGCUAUGUCUUUUCAAUUGAGCAGUAUGGAUUCUCCAGACAUUAUAUGAAUGGCUUUAAACAAACGACAAUGGAGAUGCAAAUUCUUGUGUAAAAAUGGGACUUAAUUUCAUGGAUUUUUUUUUUCUCUGUUUUUUUUUUUAAACAAGAAUUUUCUUUAUUUGUAGGGAAAGAGGUAAAAUGAAGGGGGGAGAGAGGUAACAAACACCAAAGGGUGUUUAAGUCUUAGCACAGUUUUAAAUGAAAGUGUGUCAACAAAUGCAGCAGUAAUGAAGAAGGUGGCAGUCAACAUGUACAAACCUUUCUUUACUCUGGCCGUGAAGAGGUAUGAUAUGAGAACUGAAUAUAAACUUAAUAUGAAGAAAUAUUGUUGAAUACCAUGAUUUGAUUGAGUAUCGUAAAGUGAAACACUUAUAGGGUAAAACUCUGUGCCCUGGGUGGAAAUGUCAGCAAGAAUGGCGGGGGGGAGGCCACUGUAAUGGCUAAGAUGUAAUUUUUGAGUUCUCCCUUUAGAGUAGCACUUGAACAUGUCUUUACAUGACCUGAAAAAGGGGUGUGUUUCUAACACCACCUUAGGUAUGCUGUAACUCAGGGCCUGGAAACUUAAAAUGUAAGUGAAGCAGGUGGGAAAUCCAUUUUGCCACCAUCUGAAGUGGAUGUGGCUUGACAGUUUAUGCUUUCAUCACUUCACACAUUCAGGCUAUAUGUUUAAGUAAAUAUUCUUCAUCUUAAAUUUUUCUCUUCAAACCUACUUUAAAAUCAGUUAGUCUCUUUUUUGUAAUUUCUGUGUAUUAUAAUUUGGCUUUCCUUUCUGGAAUCUUCCUUGAAUAGUAAGUUUGGCUAACAAAUAGGCAUUAAAAUGGCUUAAUGUUAUAUAAAUCUUAAUCAGAUCCAUUCAUUUUGUCUUAAGAAAAAAAUCCCUUGGGUGUGUUUUAAGAUUAUCCUUUUUUUUUUUUUGAACAAACAGAAAACUAUAUUUUUUACAGAGAGCAUGCUCUUUUUCUUAUUUUUGUAUCAUUUUUCAAGUGUAAUUUAUACCUUCACUCUGAUCACAACAGCAGUUUCAGUAGGAAAUCAGUUGACUCGUACUUAUUACCUCCUCCCCCUCCCACCCUCCUCCUCACUGGUUGACCCUUGUAAACAAGGUUGUCCUAGAUUCUGGUUCCUGAAGGAGCUAUAGGAUCUAUACUGAUGGUGCCAGGACAAUUAACCGUAUCUAGGCUUCAGAGAAAAGAUAUCAUUAUCUUUUUCCCAGACUGAAAUGCCUCAUGUGUACAAUAUGCUCUUAAAAUUUAUUUUCUGAUGUUUGAAAUGAGUCCACACUUUUAACAGUGUGAACUUAAAAGUUAGUGAUUCUUAAAGCAGUAAACCUAGUGCAAACUGCAAUGCAACACUGAUUCACUCUAAUGUAUAGGAAACAGACUGGAUUUCUCUUUUUUUUUAAUAGAGUUGUAAUAUAAUUGACAAACAUCUAUGUACAUAUUUUGCAAAUUUCACUUUACAUCAUCUGGGUUCCUGCUGCAUAACUGUGGUGUAUGUGACUUCAAAGAUGCCAGAAGGUACCCUUAGUGUGUUUACUCAUGCUUUUCCUGCUGCUACACCCUCCCAGGUUUGGAGGGCAGGAGAGGACGGGCAGCGAGUAAAUAUGUACUUGACUUGAACAAUUACACUGAAGUCCUCACCUUAAAUUCCAAUCUUCCUGUCUAGUUUUGCAGUACAGCCUGGUGUUCUACAGUAACAGGCUGGGUUGGAACACUUAAUGUAAAGUGCUUCUAAAUAGCAGAAAGUGAUGCUCUUGUCAUUCUGUCUGUCUGAUUGCUGUUUAUAUUUGCAGUUCUGUUGAUGUCUGUAGAUGUCUGGAUCAUUCACGUGUAAUUGGAUUUAACUUCUAAAGAAGUUCACUGGUUAGUUUGAGUCCCUUUUAAAGACAAUAAAAAAAGGGAGAUGAAAACUGACUGCUUUAAUUAUCAGUGACCACUUAAAUUCAAAAGGCUGAACAAGCUGAAAUAUGAAAUCAUGCCUUUCUGUGCACUGUAGCUUUUGUGAGGCAAGAUUGAAUAAAACAAACUAUUUAUUAGUAGCAACAUCACACAGGAUGCCAGCAGCAAAACCCUACCCUUGUUCUGCAGACAAAGAGAAAAGGGAUUUUACCCAACCAUGAAGAGAUGAAAGGAUGUACCUUUUUUUUUGGCUACUUAAACCUGUUUAAAAACAUUAUUAGUUUUUAUUGAACUCUGUACAUUUUGGCAGAUGUUUAAUUUCUACUAAUCAUUGAAAUAUAAUGGAUGUUAAAAUUUUUAUGUCUGAGGUUUGAGUCUAUAUUUUGAAAUUGUAAAUAAUUCAUUAUCAGUGUAACUUUUGUUUGACAAAAGACUUAUACUGUAUGGAUAAUUGAAAUAAUGAAAUUAUUUGCCCUGUACAUUUUUUAAGAAAAUCUUGUUUGUUUAAAAAGUCUUGUAUAAAUUAUAAUUUUUAUUUAAAUAAACCUAAAAAUGCUUUGUGCUAA